AUGGGACAAUUGUACAUAUCUCGAAGAGAUAUGUGCUACUUUGUAGUAUACACUUCAAACUGGAUACAUAUUGAAAUAAUUAAAUAUGACAGUUCAUUUUGGGAAAAUAAAAUGGUCAACAAAUUAAAAAUAUUUUAUAACGAAUGUUUGCUCCCAGAGAUUGUCAAUCCAUUAUACCCUAAACGUAUGCUCAAGGCAGAUAUAAGAGAAUCGGAGAUAAUAAAAAAUAGUUUAAGAAAAGCAGUAAAUGAUUAUUUAUUAAUGAGAAAUAGUAGUUAUACAUUAGUAAGUUAUAAAUUAGGUAACUAUUCAACUUCACACUGUAGUAAGCCCUAA